UAGUGCACAUUGUUUCAGUCUUUCUCAAAAGGCUGAUGUGACCAUAUCUUAUUGGGCUUUUUUAAAUAAUAUAUGAUAGAAAAAAUAGCGUGUACUGUUAACUUGUGUGUCUGCAUGCUUACAGUAUUCCCGUUAAAUGAACAAACACUGCAUUAUGAAAACUCGAACAAGUACUAGAAUGUUACAGAUAAAAAUAUUGCAGUAUUGUUGCCAUAUUCAUCUUAUUUGCACCAUAUUGCAUCUUAUAUUUCUAAUGGUCUUUUUAUUUCUUAGUGUUUCUUAGUAUAAAAAUGAUAUGCAAGUCAAAUUCUAAAUCAGUAUUUCACAUCCACAUAUUAAUUCGGUUUAACAGAUGUAGUAUGUUGCCAAAAAAUAGCAGGGUGUACCAAAAUACUCACUCACUCACGCCCUCUCUCUCCCUCCCACUUUCUCUGUUCAAAUGUGUAUAUAAACUGGUCGGUUUACCUCUGGAACCAAAUUGACUGAGGAAACUAAUAAGGGUAACACAUAUGAAAAGACCUUUGGGAUGUCAACUUCAUGCUCGAUGGACUAUUUUUGAUAUCUUACAGGGAAAACAAGCCACAACAAAAGAAAGAAAGAAAAAACAAACUUCGUAAUAGGAUUUUGAAUCACCGAAUUGUUGACUGCAUAAGGACAAUGAACUCCACAAUGCUUCAAUACAGUGCACAAGACAGAUAUAUGGAAGCUUUUGUCAGAAAUUUCAUCUUUGCUCUCCUUGGGGUCAUAAUUAACUCCAUCAAUGGAGUGUUUGUGUUUACAUUCUUUAGGAGUUCAAUUUUCUACAAUGAUCCGAGAUAUAUAUUAUACAUUCACUUGGUUAUCAAUGAUAUGCUCAUGGUUUUUGUCACUGUCGCUCUUUCUGUGAUAGCUAAUGCGUGGCCGAAAAUUCCUCUCCCGUUCUGUGUUUUACUUCUAUUAAUAGUCUCAGCUACUCAUAAGAACACUCCUCUGACUUUGGCCGGUAUGGCUAUUGAGCGUUACAUUGCCAUCUGCAAACCUCUGCAUCACCAUCAGAUCUGCACAGUGCGCAGGACGUACAUCCUCAUCUCUCUGAUUUGGGGUGUUGGAGUUAUACCUGGAUUGACUGACUUGAUUGUCUUAGUAAUUGUUCAUCCUUUAUCUCUUCUUACUAUAGGUACUCUCUGUACCUCAGCAACUAUGUAUACCACACCAUACCAUGAAGGUCUGAACAAAGCUAUGAAUGGCCUUUACUCGUCUUUUGUGUGGGUAAUUCUUGUAUUCACAUAUUGUCAAGUGCUGAUUGCAGCCAGAAGGGCCUCCGCUGAUAAAUCCUCAGCAAAAAAAGCCCAAAGCACCAUCCUGUUACAUGGAGCACAGCUUCUGCUCUGUAUGCUGUCCUACAUUACUGCUGUCAUAGACAAGAUUUCUGCUCAGAUACUAGAUGAUUGGAAAAAAUUAAUCAUUCCUAAUUUUUUUAUAACAAACUUAUUACCACGACUACUUACCCCGCUGAUUUAUGGUGUUCGAGAUAAGCUUUUUUACAAUCACAUGAAGAGGCUUUUUGCAUGUAAAUUGCUUAUUGUAAAGGUAGAAUCAACCCAACAGUGAGAAAAAAAGGCUUUUAAUAUUGCUAUUUAUUGUUUUCUUUAUCUGCUCUCUGCUGAAAACAGUGCUAGUUUUAGUACAUUCUUAGAAUUCUUUGGUAAUGCUUACAUAUUUUUAAAUUAAAAUUAAAAUUAAAAUUAAAUGUAAAAAAAAAUGGACAGCAUCAUAGUAUAAAAAUGUUUAAAAUGUGCAAAUUAUAAAUGCAAGUGUAUUGCACUUAGAAGCAUGAUUUGCAACACUUGAUGCAAAUGUCAAACUUGAGCCUAUGGAAUAAUUCCUGAAGUUUGACUGGUACAGUCUAGUGCUAUCAAUGCCAACACAGAUAAUAAUAAAUGUAUAUCCUGAAUGCACUGUAAUUUGCUUUUAACUGUUCGUCCUUUAGCAGUUUUCACAAUAAGUGAUCUCUGUAGUACAACUAAUUUGUAUAGCACACUGUACCAUGAAGAACAGAGCAAAUUACACAUGGGCUUUAUACAUCUAUUGUGUGGGUAAUUCAAAGCACCAUCCUGUUACAUGGAGCACAGCUUCUGCUGUCAAUGUCAUCCAACAUUGCUGCUGUUAUAGAUAAAAUGUAUGCCCAAUGUGUUCCUACACUAUAGUCAAAAUCACAAUUUUCAAUUAUCUUCUUACAAACUUGUUACCACAACUGUUUAGCCCCCUUAUUUGUAGUGUUUGAGAAAAAGUUUAAGUGUAUGAAAUGACUUCUUUCAUGUAGAUUAUUUAAUGUAAAAGUUGGAUCAGUUAAGCAGUGAGCCAAAAAUCAGAAAAGAAUUAUGAAUAAUUAAUGUUUAUACUCUAUAUAGAAAAUAUUUUUGUGCCUUCCUGCCAUUAUUCAUUUACUCAUACUUAUUUUGUAAUGAUAAAUUCUUGGCAAAUUGUAAUUUGGA